AUGAAGGACCCUCAAUUAAACAUAUCUCAGAGGCAGAUCGACGAUGCGAAGAACACUUCCAAGCCCACACCCGACGCACCAGCGAAGGACGAUACAUCGUCGCUCUACCUUUCAACGAUCAGCUUCAGUCACUCGGAUCCUCUAGAACGCUGGCGAGAAUACCUGGCGUUGGGACACAUGACGAAGGUCAGUGACAACCACUCCGACGACAACGGAUACUAUUUACCCCAUCAUGGCGUGACCAAAGCAUCGAGUCAAACCACCAAACUCCGUGUAGUUUUCGACGGAUCGGCACCAAGCACUACCGGAACCUCCUUAAACGAUACACUUCACACAGGACCCAAGUUACAGGAAGAUUUAUUUUAUAUAUUAAUUAGAUUCCGCGCUCAUCAAUACGUACUCACCGGCGACAUCGAGAAAAUGACUUAUUACACGGACUUAGAAGAAACAAAUCACCAACAUUUUUUGGGCGACUCGCAAACCUUGAAGACGCUGGGAGUGUUUUGGAAUUCAUCCGACGACUCUAUUCUUUACUCGGUCGAAGUCAAACCCACGCCCUCUCGAGUCACGAAACGAAUCAUCAGCUCGGAGAUUGCAAAAAUUUACGAUCCGCUCGGUCUGCUCGCACCGGUGAUUGUUCGGGCCAAGAUGCUACUUCAACGAAUAUGGUCGUCGAAAAUCGAUUGGGAUGAAUCACUUCCGAUCGAGUUACAUACAGAGUGGGAAAGGUACUAUGCCCAAUUACCCUUAUUAAACAACGUCAGGUUCCCACGCAAGGCAAUAAUCGAGUCCGCAAUGGAAAUUGAACUGCAUGGUUUCUGCGAUGCCAGCGAAAAGGCUUACGGAGCCUGUGUUUAUCUUCGAACCCUUAACACCAACGGCCGUGUUUGGACCCAGCUUUUAACCGCAAAAUCGAAAGUCGCCCCACUCAAGUGCCAGACCAUUCCUCGGCUCGAGCUGAGCGGAGCACUCCUUCUUACGUCCCUGAUGUCAACCGUACAACAAGCCCUAUCACACAAAAUUACUCGAACUAUCUAUUGGACCGAUUCCACUAUCGUCCUCCAUUGGCUCAAUACAUCACCUCACACCCUUAAAACAUUCGUCGCUAACAGAGUCUCCGAAAUUCAAACAAAAACCAGCAUCCGCGAUUGGCGCCACGUUCCUACCGACGACAACCCCGCGGACUUAAUAUCACGCGGCCAAACACCCGAAGAGUUUCUGCGCCCAACCAUCUGGCAGCACGGUCCUGCAUGGCUCUACCAGUCGGAAGGCUAUUGGCCGACAUGGGCGCUAACACCGCAAAUUGAAGUACCGGAGCAGAAGGGGGCGAUUUGUCUGUCCGCAAACCCCGCCGAUUACAGUUUGUUGCAAAGAUAUUCAUCCUGGCCCAAGUUGAUACGAAUCAUAGCUCGUUGCCUCCGUUGGAAACAGAAAAGGAACCGAGCGGCACCCCUAACCGUUACUGAAUUACGCAUAACGCACAAUAAACUGAUAAAAUUGUUGCAAAACAUCCAUUUCUCCGAGGAAAUUCGUACACUCCAAAAAGAUCGGAACGCGGCGAUAAAGGGUAAGCUCACGCGACUCAAUCCGUUCAUAGACAAGGAAGGAAUAUUGCGAGUCGGGGGUCGACUCAGUCAUUCGUCGAUGACCUUCGCCCAGAAACAUCCCAUAGUAUUACCUAAGUCAUCCGUUACAACACGCAUCAUAGACCACGAGCACAAGAUCCACAUGCAUUCCGGAACGCAGGCUACGUUAUACGCAGUAAGACAAAGAUACUGGCCCGUUGACGGUCGAAGUCAAGUAUGGCGGGCGAUCAAAGGCUGCGUCCGCUGCUGCCGCGCUCAACCACCGCCGGUAGAAUACGUGAUGGGUAAUCUGCCGGAGGCGCGAGUAACGGAAUCUCGCCCAUUUACAAACGUCGGCGUCGAUUACUGCGGGCCGUUCCACAUCAAGGAAAAACGAGAUCGUAACCGUCGUCAGAUAAAAGUAUACGUAGCCAUUUUCGUAUGCCUAGCAAUUAAAGCGGUACACAUCGAGCUCGUUGACGAUCUCACUAGCGAAGCCUUCAUCGCCGCUCUUCGCCGAUUUAUCGCUCGACGAGGGUAUUGCUCCACCAUCCAUUCUGAUAACGGCACCAACUUCAGAGGAGCAAGCAACGAAUUACGAGAGCUUCACGAUUUAUUACAAUCGGACGAUCACAAGGAAAAAGUGACCGCAUUUUUAGCCGACAAACAAAUCGAAUGGCACUUCAUCCCCCCUCAUUCGCCGCAUUUCGGUGGGCUAUGGGAAGCAGCGGUGAAAAAUAGAAGCAGUCCUUAA